GGCUCAGCGCGAGACUGUGAGUGUGACCUUCUAGUUCCAUCUUUUGAUUGAAGAUUCUAGGGAGAUAUUUGUCGGUUGCUGGAUGUUGUCAGAGAGGCGGAGUUUAUCCAGAGAACUUCGCAUUUUUGCCGGCCAAAUGUUAACGGAAAAUUCACUCGGGAAAAAUCAUGACUGUGGACGUGACUGGAGAUCAUCUAACAUGCAGCACAGAGUUACUUGGCCGGAAAAAUCACAGGAACUUCAGUCACUGGGAAACAGAUGUACUGUCAUGAUUGAAUCAGCCAUUGCAUGUUGAGGACACAAGUAACAAGCAGCUCAUGUCCACCAAUACAACUCGACCAAUACGAGGAGAGUUGGUGAAAUGUCUGUGAGUGACAGCGUGCCAUGGCCAAUCAGAAACCAGGCCAGGUUCAGCAGUCGCUGCUCAGGAAAUGGCUGGCCAGUUUAAAGGCACGAGUGGCCGCUCCGCUCCUCAGAAUGACCACCGAUCAUCUUAAGCUGCAGAUGAAGACGGCAUCGUGAGAGAGCAGAUUGCAAGUAAGAGAAUACGGCCUACACCGAUUAAAUUCAGACACCGGGAACUUGUAUGCUUGACUAAAACGCAUCAAGAUGCAAAUGUGUCUCACUACAAUCCUUUCAUUUGCCAUCCUUCUGGGCAACUCUAUCAAGCUCCAAGCACACAUUACUGGGCCGGUUCCCACAGACAGUGAUGGUCCUGUGUCUCAGCUGUGUCCAGUGUGCUGCCAGCAGGGACCUGCUGGAACACCCGGCAUACCAGGCCUGCCGGGCAGCCCAGGCCUGUAUGGCCCAUCGGGGUCAAAGGGCGAUGCAGGUGAACCUGGUAAAAAAGGGGAGAUUGGUCCUGUUGGUCCGAUGGGUCAGCAGGGAAUUCCCGGAAAAAUCGGGCCCAAAGGGGAUAACGGAAUGGGCCUGCCUGGUGAGACAGGUCGGAGAGGUCUUCCUGGUUUUGUGGGCCCAACUGGGGAAGCGGGUGUCAAAGGUCAGAAGGGUGAGCCUGGUGAGGCUCCAAAUGACACCGCAUACCGGGUGGCAUUCACCGCGAGGAGGAUGACCGACUCGGAUACCUCUACGAGUUACGGCACACGUUUGGCCUUCGAGGAAACUGGGUUGCUUCUUGAGGGUACCAGCUUCGAUCUGGCAACAGGCACGUUCACAUGUAAUGUGCCGGGUAUCUACAUGUUCAUGUUUUCUCUGUGCAAGGAUCGUUCUGUCGAUGAACUCGAUGUCCAGCUGAGGAAGAACGGUGACCCGAUUAUUUCUGGUGCUAGCAUUAACCAAAGUAAUCAUGACCAGGUGUCUGGGAGCACAGUGGUUGUUCUGGAGCAAGGAGACACAGUGUAUUUAACAAUGUAUGGUAGGGUGCAUAGUAAUAGAGGGAAUUACGUCACAUUCAGUGGCUUUCUCCUUGCUGAAUUGUUUUUUAACUAUUUGCAUUUGACUAUGGCCUCCCCAUCGACCUUCCUUUUUUUCUAUUUUGCUCCAGUUAUUUUUUUUGUUUGUUCCCUGGACAUAUUUUAUUAUAUUUUGCAGAUGCAAAUGUGUCUCACUACAAUCCUUUCAUUUGCCAUCCUUCUGGGCAACUCUAUCAAGCUCCAAGCACACAUUGCUGGGCCGGUUCCCACAUACAGUGAUGGUCCUGGGUCUCAGGUGUGUCCAGUGUGCUGCCAGCAGGGACCUGCUGGAACACCCGGCAUACCAGGCCUGCCGGGCAGCCAAGGCCUGUAUGGCCCAGCCGGGUCAAAGGGCGAUCCAGGUGAGCCAGGUCAUAAGGGUGAGAUGGGUCCAAUAGGCACUGUGGGUGAGCGGGGAGUUCCCGGAAACCCUGGGGCAGCUGGUGUCAAAGGACAAAAGGGUGAGCCUGGAGAUAUUCCAGAAAAUUCUGGCCACCAGGUAGCAUUCACCGUGACGAGGACGACUGCCUCGGAGAUCUCUACAAGUGACGAUACUCGUUUGCCCUUCCAGCAGAUCCAGACGCUCCUGCCGGGUACCAGCUUUGAUUUAGCAACCGGUACAUUCACAUGUAAUGUGCCGGGCACCUACGUGUUCAUGUUUUCCGUUCUGAAAGAUUCUUCCAGUAGCUACAUUCGGGUUCAUGUCAGGAAAAACAAUGACAUGGUUGUCGCUGGCUAUAGUGGUAGCUCAAGUCAGUAUGAGCAGGUAUCCGGGAGUGCGGUGCUGGUUUUGCAGCAAGGAGACACAGUACAUUUGACCUUCAAUGGUAAGGCAUUUAGUAAUCCAACCUAUCAGUACUGGUACACCUCAUUCAGUGGCUUUCUUCUUUAUGCCCAAUAGGCAAACAGCAACCAUGCAGCGAUAUAAGGGCAAUUCACAACACUUGUACACCACCAAGGGGUUGCCAUGGAAAUGCCACUUGCGGGAAAUGGUCAACAAAUUUUAUCCAUCGAGUGAACAGGGGGAAAUUGAAUUUUUUCCAAUGAUUCAUUGUCAGGGAAAAAUAUUUGUAUGUGUAUUUUGAGUAGCAGUUUUACUUAAUCCUAGCAGUCAAAAUUCCUCUGAUUUCAAGUUCCUCCAAUAUGAUUUACAUACACCCUAGGGGGGUUAGGGUUAAUUCUGUCGAUUGCAUGGAAUGUCCCAGUCUAUCAGCCUAUUGCGGCAAGGUGGUCAUUCUUUUGUUGACAAUAAUUUCAGGUCUUCCAGUUCUUUUAAAAUUGAUUUUGUAAUGGAUUGGCAUGAUCUUUCACUGAAAUUUUCUGACAUUUUCGUAGCAUUACCUGACCUGAAAGAGAAUAUCCUGCCAAAAAUGACCUCUCACUUCCAAAAAUCUAAACUACAUAAAGACUAGUGCAGUUUGGUGCCUUGUAUGCAGAAUGAAGAGGUAGAUUAUUACACGUACAUGCAUAUUUUAUGGUAGUCUUUUGUGGAAAGCUAAAAUAAAAACAGACUAAAACAUUUGAAACAGUUUCAAAGUUAUGAGGAAAUAAACUUAACAAAAUAAUCUGUGUUUGCCUAAGAUUCUAAAGCUUAGUCUAUCCUUUGCUCUCAAGAAGUGCAUCAGAUCAACUUGACUCAAUUCCCAAUCCAUUCUGCGUAGGUCCCGAAUGGCUACAGGUUCCAUUUCAACACAACGUGACUUUUUUUUAAGUAUGAUUUUCUUGUUUCUUUUUUUGAAAUGGUUGAAAAUCUUUAAAUUUCCCCUCAGAAUUUGUAUUUUCCGGAAGAUUUCUUUUAAACUUUUUAUUUCCUCAGUAAUUUUCUUAGGGUGUGAAAAUUCCCUUCAAAAUGAAAAUUUCCUGAAAUGUUGAAAAUUUUCUCGCAAACUUUAGUGAAGCAAACUUCCAGGAAAAUUUGACCUCUCCUUGGCAACUUCUUGGCAGUGCAGAGUAUUGCAGAUUGCCCUAUUUAUUGUGCCUUGCUGCAUAGUUUAUGAGGCUGCUCCACAAUGAUCUGCAGCCAUAGCUAAAUUUCAUUUAAACCGGUAUUCUGUGCCUGAACUUUAUUUGAAGUCCUGCAGCAUGGUGUGUAGCCCAUUGCCAUCAUCAUCGUGGGUUUGUUCAGUAUGUUGCAUUUGGACACUGUAAUUUGGAGAGGGAAAUUUGGUGAAAAGAAUUCACUUUUACAUUCACAGUCACAUUUCACAAGGACGGAAAACAUCUCACUUGUAUGAAAAGGCAUGAAAUGUCCCCACUUGUGAAAACCUUUUUGCACUCCUUUUCACACUGUUUAUUCUGAGAAAAACAAUGUUCUAGGAUUUCAAUUUCAGAUCAAAUGUUGCUGAGUAAUUUUUUGAAUUACGCUUGAUUUCAGCAUCUGAGACACAGCACAUAAAUAGUCAAAUGGAGCUUUGUGAUGUCAUGCACUGAAUCAACGAAUUAUAAUAAUUGCACACGCUCGUGUGUUGUUUCAAUGCUUCCGCACGCUUCAAAUAACAAUUUGCCAAAAAUAUGUCUUUAGACAAAUGGCCUUCUUGCAUUGUUUCCUUCAAAAUAACAAAUCUGCCAGGAAGAAUAAUUUCACAGAAUUAAGUCCCAUAACCAUCUUCAAACCAAGUUUGCUUUUCAACAAUAACUUGUCUGUUACUUUUUGGACAACGCUAAAUAAUGGAUUGUACCUUUAAAGUUAGUUUGAUAUGUGUACAUUCGCUUUCUGAUCAUAUUAUUAAAGAUUGCAAGAAAAAAGGGAAUGAAAUGAAAAACAGCAGCAAAACAAUGUCCAUCGAUUAUUCUGAAUACAACCAUAAUUGGUUACAACUUCAACUGCAUAUAUUGUACAGUCAGUGUGACAGUGCUCAGAUGGAAAUGGAUGAAUGGCUCAUUGCAAUGUUCUGUUCUAGUUUCUCCUCAACAGCAGGUAACAGUUUUGGUUAGUGAAUCAAUUGAGUUGCUAGGACCAAUGUCCUGGAUCCACCCCUGCUCAUCAGCAUUCGGCUUUUAAAGCAUGACAAGGCUGGAAGCAUGCUAUUAGGGGCGGUGCACCAAGUUGCUUAGCACAAAGAAAAGGAGGGUGUAAUGACAGUGGAUACACCUUGACAGUCAAUGGGGCAGUGGGGGAUCCAAGCCAUGCAAUCAGUUGUCAUGUAAGCAAUUUUCAUUUCAUGCAAUGAAGAAGUUACAACUGUUACUUUAUAUGAUGUUAAGGAGUUAGUAGGGCUGUCUGAAAAGUCAGAAAAAUAUGGAAUGCCUAAAGGAGGUAGGGCUGGCUUUGGAUAUGGGGUUGUUAACAGUUGACAUCUCUUGUGUAUCAACUUCAUGGACGUGGACGCGUUCCCAUACCAUCUGUUGCAACUCCCCAAAAUAGUUCAAAUUCUUGUGAAAAUCAAAAAUCAGUAGGUCGUGAUGAGGACCAGUAUUACAAAUUGUCCUUGUAUGUGUAUCUUAUGGUAGAAGUUGAUUGGGGCCUAGGGGAUAGAUGAAGUCCCUUCCCCUCCCUGCCUACAAUCCUCCCCUAUCUAUGAGGGGCACGAUCCAGGGACCUAUGACAAUGGAACUGUGCUUUCCCUGCAACUACAUGGAUUAAAUCUUUUUUUUUUUGUUCGAGUGCCAUGGUCGAUUUUGUUCUUGACUCUUAAAGGGCACACAAUCGUCUGCUUUGAAAUAUAAUUGGAAUUUGCUUGAUGAUGUUUCAUUCCAAUUCAGUUGGGCAGUAGCAUUCUGGGGUCAAAAAAAUUACAUUUUAAAUGUAUAUCUCUGUCACUUCAUCUUAUAGCCUUGGCCAUGUCAAGUUGGUUUGGCAUAUUUGAAACUUUCAUUGAAGGUUUUGAUUAUUUAGAGAAAUAUGAAGGCAAGAAGCAUUAAGCACCUUUCAGUCAAGAUGGAAAGACCCUUAAUUGUUAAUUUGUUCUAAUCUAGCAUUACCUAAUCUUCAUUUUGAAACCUCAGUAAAAGAGUAAGGAUGACGAGAUCUUGCAGGAGUUCUUACAGAAAGAGAUCUUUUUAACAGAGAGACUUCAUAAAUGAGAGAGAUUGCCUCUUAUUUUGGAAAGGUUUCAUGCAGUACCUUAUCAAGUUUAGUAUGCUAUGUAGAUUUGUGAAUAUUUUCUCUAAUACAUUACUUACAAUUUGCAUUGAUAUAGUUACCCGAAUGGUAGUGAGUAUAUUGCUUGUUACUUAUUAUAUGCAAUGAACUUUGUUACAAACCAUUUUUUUUUUGAAAUUUUGAGAAGUCAGAGCCCUAAAGUACAUGUACUAGUGGACGGACUUUUGCCGCCCUGCCACCUGAUUUGAUCAUGCUAGUGUGCAGAAUGCAGUCUAAACAAAGAGCGGUCUCAAAUUACAACUGAACCCAGUUUAAAAGCAAACUUUGCAUGAAAAACAUAAAUUUCAGUUUAUGACAACAUCUUUAAAUUGAUAGUUUUAUCUGUUACGAUUAAUUAUUAUGGAUGCUUGGUAUUAAUCUACAGCUUCUUUCCUCACAUCACUGUAAAAUGUCAACUUGUAAAAAAGGCCAAGAGGCGAUACAGUUGCUCUUCAAAUGUCAUGAUUGUUAAAGUAUUUCUGUCAAAGUAGUCCACAAAUCCAGUUUGAUAUUUUGUCUUUGGCGUCAUACAUUUUACUAUCAGCCCCUAAAAGACAGUUAACCACCAUUUUUGUACUUAAAUGGCAUUUAGCAAAAUACACUAUGUACACCAUGUAACAUGUACAAGUAGAAUUUAGUGUGGAUUAAAAUAUCCUAUGAAUUGCAAA